AUGCUCUCCGAGUACGGGCAUCGCCGCAGAGCCAUCAAUAUCAAGAUUGGCGACCCGUCUAUGAUCAAGAAUACUAUGGAUGUUCUUCUGCAACAGGAUAUACUGGAGACACUCCCUGAGCUAUCUAUCCAAGUUCGGGACGAGUCUCUUUUUGAUCCUGACCGAUCCGAUCAUUCUGAAUACAUCACUUCCUCCAGCUCUUCUUUUAAAAAAUCUUCCACAGGCCUUCUAGUCGAGCUUCACAUUCAGAAUGUAACGCUCGGGUAUGACAAGGCAAUCAUUUCGCUCUUAAAUGCACUAUCCUUUGCUCCCAAAUUGCGUAACCUCAGGCUCAUCUCGAUAGCUACUUUACAUAACCCCAAUAUUGGAUGCGAUACAAGUACUAUCUCGCGCGUAACACUCCCCAAGCUCCAAUCGCUCACACUUCACGACCUGUACUCAAACACGCUAGAGCCCCUACUUGAGACCAUUGGCCUACCUACAUAUAGUGUGACACUCUUGCUCUCAUCCAAGUGCUUUAGGUCGCACAGGCUGUCGCACAGGCUGUCGCACGGGGAACCCGGGAACGAGGAGCCGUGGGGCGUUUAUUCCGUCGGGUCUCCCGAACGACUAUGCCGCCUCGUAAAGAGCACGCCGGUCGAGACCUUGAUGCUCGACGGCAUCUGGUGGAUGAAAAACAACGCAUUUCGUAGUCUUUUAGAAUCAACUCCGGCCCUAAAGACCUUGAAAAUCGAUUACGGCACGAUUACCCAAGACACAUGCCUCACACUCGCGAUCGAACGAAACGAGCCUGAGGGCGCCGUACCGUUCCCAUCGCUCGAGAAUAUUCACAUCACAAGGUGUGUGUUCCAUGCUGGACCCAAAGUCGAGGAAGCGUUCAAGAGCAUGGCGCGUAGCCACCGGCUACAACGGGUUGUGCUGGGCGGAACUGUGCGGAAUGUGAAUCCAGAUGGGACGUCUAUUUCCAAGGGGCUCGAAACGUUUGGUUUGGUGGGGUGGCUCGAGACCCGUGUGCCAACGAUCCGUCUCGUUGAUCAGUCAUAUCGCUCACCAGAGUUUUAUCAAAAUGUGUGGCGGCUGUGGUAA